AUGGGUUCUCGGACGCACGGGCGAGGCUGCCAUGGGUCCAGGGACGAGCGGGUGAUUCCGCCAUGGGUCCUGGGACGGGGGGCAACUUCUGCCAUGGGUCCCGGGACAGGCAGACGAUUCUGCAACGGGUCCUUGGACGGGAGGGCGAUUCCGCCAUGGGUCCUGGGACAGGCAGGCAAAGGCCUCCACAGGUCCCAGGACGGGGGGCGAUUCCGCCACGGGUCACAGGACGGCGGGCGAUUCUGCCACAGGUCCUGGGAGGGAGGCAGGCGGGCGAUUCUGCCACAGUUCUCGGGACGGGCAGGCGAUUCCGCCACGGGUCACGGGACAGGUGGGCGAAUCCGCCACGGGUCCUGGGACAGGCGGGCAAGGCCCACCACGGGUCCCGCGAUAGGUGGACGAGGCCCACCAUGGGUCCUGAGAUGGUGGGUGAGGCCGCCGCCCAUCCCAGCCACCACUGGUCCCGGGACGCGCGGGCGAGAGGCUGCCACGGGUCCUGGGAUGGGCGGGGGGAGGCCCACCACGGGACCUGGGACAGGCGGGCUAGGCCCACCACGGGGUCCGGGACAGGCAGGCGCGUCCACCACGGGUCCCGUCGUAUGGGUGGGCAACACACAUGGGUCUUGGGAUGGCGGGCCCUGUUUCCUGGGAAUGGCAGGCAAGGCCCAACAAGGGUCCCAGGACAGGUUCGUUAUGGGCCUCGGACGGGCGACUGAGACCCGCCACAGAUCCCGAGACAGGUGGGUGAGGCCCGCUACGGGUUCUGGGAUGGGCGGGCGAGGCCCGUCACUGGUCCCGGGGAUGGGCGGGCAAGGCCCGCCACGGGUCUCAGGAUGGGCUGUUCCUUCCCUAACAAAAGGGAUCAUGAGUUAA